AUGGAAAUACUUUGCAGCCGGUACCUGAAAAGAAAUGGGGAAAGGGUGUAUUCCUCAGUCCCUAGCCAAGGGUUGGAGCUUGCUACACAAGACCAUUUUAUGUGCAGGAGAAUUUCCUCCCAGAUGUUUGGCGUUCGGGGCCCGCACACCUCAUUGAAUAACCUGAUCCAGCCUUCGCCUUGGCUGCUGAAAGGGCGCUUGGUGGAACGGCUGGAGAACAUGCGGAAGAACAUGAUGGGGAACGGGCUUUCUCAAUGCCUGCUCUGUGGGGAGACGCUCGGCUUGCUGGGGAGCACGGCCGUCUUCUGCCAAGACUGCAAAAAAAAAGUCUGCACCAAGUGCGGCAUUGAAACCCUGAGCACCUCGAAACGGCCCCUCUGGUUGUGCAAGAUCUGCAGCGAGCAGAGGGAGGUUUGGAAGCGAUCUGGCGCCUGGUUCUACAAAGCCCUCCCCAAAUACAUCUUGCCUUUGAAAAACAUCAGCAGAGCCAAAGAGACAACCCUGAGGCCUCUCCGUGUGGAAUCGCCGACCCUGGAGGUCAAAGGCGUCGCCGCGACUCGCUCCUACACCUGGGCCAGGGGAAGAGUCGUGUCCAGCGACAGCGAAAGUGACUCUGAAUUCAGCUCCUCAAGCGUGGACGACCGGACCGUGCCUGCCAGGUCGAAAGCUGUCAAGGACAAAAAACGAGAAGAAUCAGCUGGCCGAGGUGAAGCUGCUCGAACCCCCACUGGGAAUACCUGCCGGCCCUUGGGGUACCAUUUGUCAGGAAGCCAGAGCAGCUUGGGAAGUGACCGUGGCGGCGUCUUGAGCGCCACCGAAAGCUGCCCGAGCGAUCUGCUGGUUGACGACGAGGAUAGCGAUGUCAGCCGCAGCACUGCUGAUUCACAGGCAGUGCCGGCAAAACAACCAACAGCAUGUACAGAUCGCUUGCGCUUCGCAGGGCGAUGUGAGCCACGCAGUGGGAACUCUCUCGCCUUCCCUCUCUGGGCCGGCCGGCCUGCCUUGGCUUGGUCGCAGGGGUCACUGUGAGGGCUCCCUGCCCACCCUGCUCCGUCCGUCCGUCCGGCGAUUCUCUGGUAGGGCAUCCCGUCGAGAGCUGUAUGCAUGACACUCCGAAAAGGAGAGAAAACGACCAUCAGCAUCCAAGAGCA